UAACAUUUUCCCACACAGGGAGACAAUUUGGAAUUCUGUACAAUAAUAAAGAUCAUUCUUUUGCUACGUGGAUUCGUUUCAUCUUUUAGAUUUCUUUCACCAAUAACUAUAGAGAUUUUAUGAAUUGGGAUUUUCUGUUCUGGAUGCAAGAAAAGGGAUGAAAUUCUUUUUGGCAGGGCGUUGGCUGCAACAAAAGCAGAGGACCGGGAUGCAAGAUAUACAGGACUGGCUUUUAACAUGAUCGUCUGUGUUUCUUUGCUCCUGAAAAACUAUGCUGGUGAGGAAAAGAUGCAGACAUGGCUCUCGGAGACAGCAGUUUUUCUUCUUGCUGCUGGUGGUGGCCUUUUUUCUAUUGAUAGUAACAAUGCUGAAUCCAGCAGCCAAAGACCAAAACAAGGAAAGAAGAUCCUGGGCAACAAAGUCCAGCCCUAAAGAAGGGUAUCGGGUAGAUUUUGGAGAACCUCAAGAAAUCUUAGACAGCCAGGAGGACAGCCAGCAGUAUUUGUCGAUGGGAGGGCUGUCACCCAUCAUCUCCCUAAGGGAGGAUGAGCUCUUGAUGGCUGUAGAGUCACCCACAGCCAAGAGAAACCAUACCAAAGCUAGGAAAGGAUACCGGAUGGUCAGGCAGCAAAGCAGGAGGCAAGAAGAAGGCAAGCAGGUGCAACACUCAGAGUUCCUGCUCCCGUCCCUUUCUCUGCAGGAGGAUGAACCACAGACGGAGGUAGAUGAACUGGCUAUAGCAGGUCUGGAAACUCACGGGUUUAAUGAAGCACUCAGCAAGCAAAUCCCCCUUCGCAGGGAGCUACCUGAGGUACGGCAUCCUUUGUGCCUGCAGCAAGAAGCUGGUCCUAACCUGCCUACAGCAAGUGUUGUCAUCUGCUUCCAUGAUGAAGCCUGGUCUACUCUCUUGAGAACAGUUCAUAGUGUCUUGGAUACAGCCCCAAAGGAACUUCUCAAAGAAAUCAUCCUUGUAGAUGACCUCAGUAAACAAGGACAUCUGAAGUCAUCCUUGAGUGAAUACAUCUCUAAGCUGGCUGGUGUAAAAUUGAUUAGGAGCAACAAAAGAUUAGGGGUCAUCCGAGGUCGCAUGCUUGGAGCUGCGCGAGCUACUGGCCAUGUUGUGAUCUUCAUGGACUCCCAUUGCGAGUGUCACAGAGGCUGGCUGGAACCUCUGUUGGAUAGACUAGCAAGCGACAGAAGACGGAUUGUCUCUCCUGUCAUAGAUGUAAUUGACUGGAAGACCUUUCAGUAUUAUCACUCUAUGGACCUGCAAAGGGGUGUUUUUGACUGGAAAUUAGAUUUCCACUGGAAGCCACUGCCGGAAUAUGAAAAGAAGGUACGACAGUCUCCCAUCAGCCCCGUCAGGAGUCCUGCAGUACCUGGAGGAGUAGUAGCAGUGGACCGACAUUAUUUCCAAAACACAGGUGGUUAUGAUUCUGACAUGACCCUGUGGGGGGCUGAAAAUCUUGAAUUAUCUAUAAAGGCCUGGCUUUGUGGUGGAUCUGUUGAAAUCCUUCCAUGCUCACGUGUAGGGCAUGUAUAUCGCGCAGGUGUGCCAUACAAUUUUCUUGAUGAUAACACAGUAGAGAGGAACAAAAUACGAAUAGCCGAGACUUGGUUGGAUUCAUUUAAAGAUCUCUUUUACAAACAUGACAAGAUGGCGAGUUUAAUCAGUAAGGCUGAGAAGCUAAAUUGCACCGAACGUGUUCAGUUGCAAAAGAGACUGCGAUGCAAAGGUUUCCAGUGGUUUAUCGCAAAUGUUUAUCCUGAACUACACCCACUACAACAGAGACCAAGAUUUUCAGGCAAGCUGUAUAAUACUGGAGUAGGACUCUGUGUGGAGUACAGAUCUCAAAAGGAUGCUGCAGGAGGCCCCACUGAAUUAUCACCUUGCUCUGACAAUAUCAACCAGCACUUUGAAUACAAUAGCCUGAAGGAAAUCUGUUUGGGUUCCACACGGCAGCUUUGCUUUGAUGUCAGGCAUGAAAAAGUUGUCCUUCAAAACUGUACAAAAAAGACAGAAGACAGCCCACAGCAUUGGGAUAUGAAAGAGAAUGGAAUGAUUGUCCACAUUCUUUCUGAUAAGUGUAUUGAGGCAACGAAGACAGACCUGCGUCUACGGAAAUGUAACAAGGAGGCUAAUCUGAUGUGGCAAUUUGAUCACUCAUACCACACAGAUGAGAGAUGAAUAUGAAGAACUCCCUAAUCCAUGCUUUUAUCCAUUUGUUUCCAAGCUGCAAGGAAUGGAAAGAGCUGUGUGGGGGUUUUCCUCAAGCAA